GCUAUUAUAAAUUGGAGGUCAGACACGAGGGCAGUCAUUGUCUUUGACCCACAGAAACAGAAAAUGUUAGUUGUCACCUCCAGCCUGUUUCUCUAAAACCUUCAAAUCAAGCUAGAACUCUAGGGAUAAUAAUGGACUCAGACUUGAACUUUAACCGCCACAUCAAAUUAAUAACACAUGCAGCUGUUUACUUAAAAAACAAAAUUCAAAGGUACACUGUCUAAAGCAGACUUGGAGAGACUUACCCAUGCGUUUGUCUCCAGUAGGUUAGAUACUGUAACGGCCUGCUCACUGUGAGUCAGCUGCAGUACAUCCAGAACUCUGCAGCUCGGGUCCUUGCUCAAACCAAGAAGUUUGAGCACAUGCGUCCUGUGCUCAGGUCUCUGCACUGGCUUCCUGUGGCUCAGAGAAUAGACUUUAAAGCAGCUCUGCUUGUGUAUAAGUCUCUCCAUGACCGAGCACCAAAGUACAUCUGUGACAUGUUAGUGCCAUAUGAACCAUCUCACACUCUGAGGAGCCCAGGGACCGGCCUCCUGCUGGUGCCCAGAGUCGGUACCAAACACGGGGAGUCAGAGUUUCAGUUUUAUGCAGCUAAAACCAGGAAGUCUUCCUGAACAUGUGAGACAGGCCUCUGCUUUGACUAUGGUUAAAUCUAGGCUCAAAACGGUUCUGUUUAGCUGCAUACUGAAAUGUUUUUAUUCUGGACUCAACUCUCUUCUCUUUUAAUGUUAAUUUUGUGAUGAUUACAUUUUUAUUUGUUUGUAUUGUGAUUUGAAUGUCUUUCUUAGAUCUGUAAAGCACUUUGAAUUACUGCGAUACAAAUCAGCUUGCCCUGCCGAAAAUUGUCACAGUUUGUAGCUACAAACUUACAACUGGUCAUUUGGUUGGUGCAAUUUUAGAUUUUUUUCCCCUUCAGAAUCAAAAAAGUUUUAUUUCCAUUGUCCAUCCUGGCAAUGUGAACAAUUAAAGCAACAGUGCAGUAGAGCAGAUAGCAGCUCACGUGUUUGACAGCACUCUAUUUCCCAUCAUACGUUUGGGCUUUGUAGUCCAUACACCAAUUAUGAUUCUUGUUCUUUCAUUUAUUCAAGCCAAGCCUACAAAUCCUAAAUAAGGCAAAACUGAAAAAAAGAAGAAGAAAACAAGAAAGCAAAGAUAUUUAACAGCACACUUGUUUUUAACCAGUUGUGCGCACUGCCUGGUCUGAUGCAGUACACGCGUCUGGCACCAAGCGUCACAAUUGAGUCAGCCAAAGUAAGUUUUAUUGUCUUAUUUCGUUAUAGGGAGAAAAUGAAACUUAAAUUAGUCUAAACUUGUAUUAAAAAAAAAUUAUUUUUAUUUUGUGUAUUUUGUGUCAAUAAAUAUCAACAAUGUAGUGUAAAAAUAAACAGAAUUCCCUCCGCGUAAACAUCAGGUGAAGUGCAGGUAUGCUGUGCAUGUUGCCUCAUUCAGUGACGCAAUCUACUUUCAUUUUCGGAUACACAGGUAAGGCGCGCGAGCACAGGGACGUCCCCGUGAGAAAUGCAAAAGAAAUUAUCCAGGUUAGAAACCACAACAGGUGACAAAACCAUGACAAAGUGAAUUAUCUCAAUGUAAAUAAUGUAAGUAAACAGAAAGAAAAUUGAACAAUUUAGUCUUUGCCAGAAUAUGACACAAAUCUGAAUAAUAGUUCAAAUAAAAUAGAUUAAAUUAGGUAAAUAACAUUAAAAAUAUAUAAACUUAAGUGUAAAUUUAGCUUUAAAGAAUGAUCCACAAAUAUCUUAUUCAAAAAAGACCUAUAGCAUUAUUAUAAUACAAUUAAGCACUAUAAGUGUCAUUACGCACCAAGAUUUGGUCCUGACAAUUACGCACAGGUUUUCGCCAUUGUCUGUAAUGUUUUAAUAGCCUACUUCUGUAUUUUAGAGAGCUAUAGCUUACACUUUAUUGUCUUGUCGCUGAUGCAAUCCAAUGUUACCAGAGAAUGUGGGAAAACCUUGCACCUUGAAAAUCACUCUCCCUGACCGUGAGUCCCCGAGAAGAAAACGAAAACAGGUGGAGUCAAAGAACUCAGGUAGACCUACAUAAAUGGAGGCUUGAGGUUAUGGUCAUGACAGAAACAAUCAGCCCGAGAAUAAAUCUGUACUGGAUCCAUAUCACAAAACAGCGGAUUUUUACUGAGCAGCUAUUGAGACAUUUGGUUUGAUAAACUCCUGAACAAAAUGCUGAACAAGAUCCUGUUGGUGUGCCUCCUUUUCAGUGCAGGCUCCUCGCUGACCUGCAAAUGGAUGGACAGGGAUUUUAAACAAUACAGCGAAAGCGCAUUGGCUCUUCUCAAAACAAUGAAAACAAACUCCACAAACUCCAUUGAUGAUAUUGAGGUGGAUGAUGCUGUGGCCUUCCCAAAUGAGUUGUACAAACAUGCCUCCAAAGAGUCGCGGGAAGAGCGCCUGAGUUUUGUGGCACAUGUCUUGGAUGAGAUUUAUGCCCUGUUUGAGGAGAACCAAACACGUGCGUCCUGGCCAGAGAACACAGUGGAUGACUUUUUGGACAUUAUUUCGCAGCAGGCAAACGGCGUGAGGCGUUGUGCUGGAAAACAAACCACAAAUCACCACAAGAAGAAUCACAGGAAGAUGAGUCUGUAUUUUAAGAGACUUUCACGGCACGUCCUGGAGCACAUGGACUACAGCGCUGAUGCCUGGGAAUUUGUCCGGGAGGAAGUCCGAAUACAUCUCCAUAAAGUGCACCUGCUGGCUUCCUCUUGAACCACAAAAACAUCAGAAUCCUCUGACCAUAAUUUCUCUUAUUAAUUGUAUAACUGACCUCAUAUUUAUAUAUUUAUUUAUUUAUGUAUUUAUUU